CAAAAGGCUCAUGCCAUGGAUGGGAGUUUUGCAGUAGGAAUUAUUAUGACUCUGUGUUUCUUCUGUUACCAGGUUCAUUUUGAUGGUUGGAGCAGUUGCUAUGACUACUGGAUAGAUGCAGACUCUCCAGAUAUCCACCCUGUAGGCUGGUGUUCCAAAACUGGACACCCACUUCAGGCUCCACUAAGCCCUGCAGAAUUAAUGGAGCCAUCAGAAACUGGGGGAUGUCCAACUCUCGGCUGCAAGGGGAUUGGUCAUUUUAAAAAAUCGAGGUACCUGGGCAAUCAGAGUGGUGCCAAUUGCCCCUACUCAGACAUCAACUUGAACAAAGACCGCAUUUUUCCAGACCGCCUAAGUGGUGAGAUGCCUCCAUCUAGUCCAUCAUUUCCAAGAAGUAAAAGGACAGACACAAGUGAAAGCUCAUCGUCUCCUGAAACCAGGUACUUAAAGUGAUGAUGCUUACAUUAUCCAGAAAC